AUGAACCAGCCACCACCGCGAUUCCCCGCGCGACCGCCAUUCAAAUGGGAUCAUGCUGUUUACGAACGAGACACCGAAGAGCCUUCUCGUCUCGACACACGUUCCGGUCACAAAGCCCAAUUCGGUGAUCAAGCUACGCAUGAGAGUUUACUAGACCUUUUUCUCGAUACUGGAAGCUUCUCUCUACAGUCUGCCUACGAGCCCUCUGUUUUCAAACGCAUCUUUAAGGAAGAUACACUGGAAAAUAUCCGUGAUGGCAAGCAUGGGUUUCAGGACCCCCAACAGCUUGUGGCAUGGCUACAUGACAGGAACUGCGACAAUCAACCGCGGCCGACAAACGGAUCCAAAACUGGCGAAGAGUUCCUGAAGCUGAUAAAGCUCAAGCGCUUUAAACAAGAUGGAAUGGUCGAUGCCCACAUAAGGAGAAUCUACAUACCGAACCCCAAUGAAUCGGCUCUGGGGAUCCUUGCUUUAAGAGCGUCUGAACAUCAGACUCCGGCUAUUAAGUCAUUGAUCUUCAAACAUCUGGAAGCAGAUACGUCGAUCAGCCUCCAAUCAACGCCGGAGGGCGAAUUCAUACUGGAAUUCCACAUGCCGUAUUUCGCCUGGCGCAAGACUUCGUACCUUGUGAAUGACUCCCGUACUUUGACUAACAACAAUCCGUUGAGAAGAUCCUUCGAUUUGUCUUUUUUGUCAGAAACUAAGAUGGAAAAGCUUAUUGUUGAAAAGAACAACUACCUCUAUGAAGCUCAUACUGCUUUCUGCAUUACAGGACGAGCUACUUCCGUUUGGACAGCAGUGUGCCUGGCAGACACUUUCUUCGACGAGCAAGAUCCUAACAACGAGCAAAUGCUUUCGUACUACACUAACAACAAUGAUUCAGAUCCAAUGUUUUACGACACCGAUGCUCUAAGUGUUGGUGAACUGACCGCAGAUGGGGUAUCGGUGACAGAUCCACGAGAGUAUUUCCUCCUGAUUGCAAAGUCACAAGUUAAGAAGGCUGGAAAAGAAUGGAAGGACAUUUGUGGGUGGCUAAAGCUGAAAGUUGAGGAAUACCUUCAGGACCCCCAUAUACCGUUGCAUCGACGACAAACAUCCUUUGAAACUGCAGCCGACGAGGCAGACACGGCAGAGAAGAGCGAGGCUUGGCUCAAGCAGAUUGACGAAUUACUCACUCGGCUGAUCACUACGCUUUCAAAAGCAAUCCGUGCAUGGAACAACUUCGAGCAUCGCGAUGUAGCCCGGCUUGCCUCUGAAGACAAUGAAGAUUUGUCUGCACGUAUCAACGAUUCUUGUGACCACAUUAGGGAGUCUAUUUAUGAGAUGGAAGAUGCCCUGUCAGGAUUGAAAGACUUAAAGUCUCAGGUUGAGAACUUCAGAUUCCAGUUUUCAACUCACAUCAACGUCAACAACUACCGAGCUAUUGUACUGCAGCAAUCAAACACCACAAUAUUCCAAGUUUUCCCCAAGGUUGUCAUAAUCGGGGUAAUAAAACAGACAACCAUCCAAGUCGGAACCAUAAUCUACUCCACUACCAUCAGUGUAAUCAGGAUUGCUGGAAUCUUCGCCACCUCUGCAAAGUCAUUCAUUAUUGAAUGGUUGACACAGAUGGCACAAGUAACUCAGCGCAGCAACCAGCCCCCGGUCAUAACUGAGGAGGCGAUGCCGAUACCAAAUGUCAGAUCGUCAACCACGCAGGCGUUUUAUUCUGCCUCAGCUUCUUCGCCGCGUGUUUCUAGAAAUCGAAGUCGAAAUCUCUAUCACGAGAGCGAUUCCGAUAAUAUCGCCAGUUCAAUAGGUCUUGGCCACAGGAGAAGACCGAGGUUCGGUGGAAAUGGGCCCAACCCUCGUGGGAGAGGCACACACCGGAGUAUGACGGAUUUUAUUUGA